UCGUCAUCAGCCAACAAAAAAAAAACACAAAAAUUAAAACAACCUAAGAGAUAUAGAAAUAGUAGAGAAAAAGCAGCGUGGAACGCACCUCGAACAGGUUUCGCCGUCGACGGAGAAACAGAAAGGUGCUCAAUUCCGCAUAGUGUGGAGGUAUUUUUUCGGUGUUCCCGCAACUAUCCCGCAACGCUGAUUUGGCCAACAACAAAUAUAAAUUUCCAAAAAAAAUAUAAAAUAAAAUUCAAACACAUUUGAAACUAAAGAAGGAAUAUUCGCGACGGGUUUUAACAACAAUUUCAAGUGUUUUUUAAUCGGCCCCCCUGUUUGUUAACAAACACAAAACGGCGAAACAAGUCAAAUAGAGAGCCAAAAUUUGUGACUGUGGAAAAAACGCAAACACGGCCCAAAACGCCAUUCGAGCCAUAAUCCAAAGAAAGUGUCGUAGUCGGCUGCCAACACAAUUUUUGAUAAAACGAAAUUACAAAUUUGUUAUGCAAUUUUAACAAACUAUAUAGCCAAAAUCAAAAGUCCCAAGUGCAACAUGGUUUCCAACAAAAUGUUCAAAACGUCAAACAACUAAACGUCACUAGAUUAACGAUUUAAACGUAUCUGCAAUCAGCCGGACUCGAGGCAACCAGCGGAAACCCACAAUAUCCACAAGCAUUCUGCUGCCCCCGGCAAGACCAACUCUCAGUCCAGGACUCCACAUCCAAUACCAACUAACAUGCUGACCAUGGAAUCGGACAUGAAGGGCAGCCUGCUGCAUGCCACGAUGCCGCCGCACCACACCAGUGCCGCUCUCCACGGCCACGCCUCCUCGCCCUACUCGGCGCUGGCGCCGCUGAUGAACCUGGGCCAGUCGCACCUGACCCACUCGCAGCUGAGCCACCACAACCACCAUCACCACCACAUGAGCGCCCACAUCGCAGCCAGCCAGAGUCCCAAUCCGCUCAGCUCGCUCCAGUCCUCGAUGGCCAACACCUUGAACAGCGGCCAGGUGGGCCAGCAGCAGCAGCAGCAGAGCUCCCCGCUCCACAGCUCCAGCGAGCUGAGCCCCACCCAGAGCAGCAUCGGCAGCCACCACAUGACAUCGCCCGUCAGCAACCACCAGCAGCAGAUCCCCCAGCAGCAGCAGCAUCCCACCCACCUGGCCGCCGGUUCCGCCCUGAGCAGCAUGACCGGUGGAGGUGGUGGCGGCAGUAACAACAACAACAACAACGCCACGGCCAACAAGAACCAGCAGCACGCGGAUCGAGUGAAGCGGCCGAUGAAUGCAUUUAUGGUGUGGUCGCGCGGCCAGCGCCGGAAGAUGGCGUCGGACAACCCCAAGAUGCACAACUCGGAGAUCUCGAAGCGACUGGGAGCCCAGUGGAAGGAUCUGUCGGAGGCGGAGAAGCGGCCCUUCAUCGACGAAGCGAAGAGGCUGCGAGCUGUCCACAUGAAGGAGCAUCCCGACUACAAGUACCGGCCACGCCGCAAGACCAAAACCCUGACCAAGACCAAGGAGAAGUAUCCGAUGGGUGGCCUGAUGCCCGGCCAGGCGGUGGGUGGCGGUGCACCAGGUGAGCCGGUGACGCCAACCCGGGUGCAGGGCCAGGGUCAGAACCAGUCGCUGAACGGCAGCGGAGGCGGAGCAGCAGCAGCAGCGGCGGCAGCAGCGGCAGCGGCCCAACAGGCGCGCCAGGAUAUGUACCAGAUGAAUGCCCCCAACGGCUAUAUGCCCAACGGCUACAUGAUGCACGCGGACCCGGCCGGAUCGGCCUACCAGACCUCCUACAUGGGCCAGCACUACGCGGCGCAGCGAUACGACAUGGGUCACAUGUACAACAACGGGUAUGCCAUGUACGGAACCGUGUCCGGUGGACAGACCUCGCCGUACGGCAGCAGCCUGCAACAGCCGGGCUCGCCGUCUCCUUACGGAAGCAGCCUGCAACAGCCCGCCAGCCCGGCUCCCUAUGGAGGGGGAGGGGGCGGCCAGGUGUCCUGCCAGAGCCAUAGCCCCAGCGACUCUAGCAUCAAGUCCGAACCCGUCUCGCCCAGCCCCAGUGCCAUAGCGCUCAACAACAAUAACAACAACAACAAUCACAUCAUGAAGCGGGAAUACGUGUCCGCCAGCUCGGCGGCAGCAGCCGCUGCAGCGGCAGCAGCAGGCGGUGGCGGAGAGCUGAAUCAUCUGAUGAAUAUGUACCAUCUGCCGGAGGAGCAGCGCCACCUGCUGCACUACCAAACAGAUUCGCCGGAUCUCCAGCAACAGCACCAGGCGAUGCAGCAGCACCAGCAACACCAGCAGCAGCAACACCAACAGAUCCCGCAGCAGCACCAACAGCUCCAGCAGCAGCACCCGGCGAUGCAGAACCAGCAGCACCAUUUGCAGCACCAGCAGUCGCUAAGGACGAUGGCACCACUGGCCCACAUGUGAGAAAUGGCCAGCGCCUAUGGAGCAGCCGCCACUGUGAGCGUCUCGCCGCCGCCGCUCCCGCUGCCACUGCCGCCGUACAUGCCGACGGUGGCGCAACAACAGCACCAGCAGCAGCAGCAGCAGAUUAACGGGCGACCCAGUCCGACGGCAUCCGGAUCUGGUUCGUCCGGAGGCCGCUCUUCGGCGCACUCCAGUGGCCAUACCGCCGCGCAUUCACCCGCCUUGGCAGUCGCCUACCAGCUGAACCCCUCCGUUUCCGGCUCUAGCUCUGGCUCCGGUUCUGGUCCCGGUUCCGGGUCCGGUUCGGGUGCCACUGCUGCCGGAUCCGGGGCGUCUGGAUCGUCCUCCGCCAGCAUGCUGGACAUGCCGCAGCAGCAACACCUCGAGGAGCAUCAGCUGCAGAACCAUCAGCUCCACUACCAGCAGCAGCAGCAUUAUCAGCAGCAGCUCUACCAUCACUAUCAUCCUGGCCACGAGGCAGCUGUGGUUGCCGGCGCUGGUCUGUUGGAUAUAUCCACAUUGUAAAUUAUUGAAAAUAUUAACUAAAGCCCUAGGAUACGCACACCCACACACCUACCACAUACACAAAACACACACACACACACACACAUACACAGAGAAAGACAGGAUAACAGGAGGAGACAAUUUUAGCAUUAGUUUUUAAGGAGAAUUAAUUCGAAAUUGCAGAGUAGCAUAUAAAUAAUUGCCUAGAGUUAAUGAUUAGUAAUUUAGAAAUAAAGCAUACGCACUGUUGUACCACAAUAGUAAGAUGACAACUCACUGCAUUCCAUUCAGUUGUGUUUCGAUUUGGUUUUCCGCUUUCUAGCUACGACAAUUGUGUGAUACAAAUAAAUUGUUGCGAAUUACUAGGCCAACAACAAAUCGUUUAGUUUAGCGAGACUUUCUCAAGCGUUUCAUUUAGACUAACUUUGCUGUACAAAAAAAGACCUUCUCCAAAUAUUAAAUGUGCGAUACGAGUAGCAGGAAGCCGAAACACCCCAGAACCAGAAGCAAACACACACAAGUUAAAUAGGAGUAACAAAUAAUUGAUUAUUAAAAGCGCAACAUGAAAAUAAUUCUGAAGAAAAACAAAUGAAAAACAAAGAAAAAUGUCAAAAACAUUCUAUUUUAUAAAUUCUCUUAUGCAUUAAGUAAUUAUAAUUAUUAUCUAUUAUAUAAACAAUUUAAUUAUUAAUUAUGCUUAAAAUACGAGACAAGACAAACAUAAUUAAUUGUAAUAAAGCGAAAACCACAUUAUUAUUAUUAUUAAAACAUAAAUCGAAUCAAGAUCGCAAGAAUCUACUGCAUUAAAGCCACACAAAUGAAAAUGAAAUGUUAGUAAACCUAAAGAAAAUUUAGUAAAAAAGCAAACCAAGAGACGUGCAAACGUGAAUGUGAAACAUGGAGCAAGGUAAACAAAACAAACAAAUCCAACAAAACAUUGCCAAGCACCUGGAAAUAAUAAAACAAAAAACCAGAAAAAAACACACAAAAAAACAAAUAAAAAAAUUCUUUACAAAAAA